GUCAGCUUGAGAUGGAUAUUUUUAUUUGCCGUGUUGUGUUACUUAUAAAUUUGACACAUUUAUUUACUUAGGGAUCAUAUGGCGUUUGUAAAUAAGCCUUGUCCCGCUGCUUUAUUAACGGGAAGCGCUGGCAGACACAACUUGGAAGCAAUUGUACCUCGUUGGAUGAGAAUCAUAAAGAAUUUAAGGAUUCCGGCGCCAUUAACGGUUAUUUUAGUGCUUUCAAGGAAUAGCCUAUAGGCUAAAAAAAAAUCUUAUAGUCGGUUGCUAAAUCAUGAGAUCAUUUCAGAUUAAUAAACCAGAUACAAAACAAAUCAGAAAUAAAUAUGCCUAAAAAAGUUCCUGCAAAAUAAAUUAUAAGUUAUAAUGUGUCCACGUCAUCUAGGGUAAGUAUAGUAGGCUAUAACAUAGUAGGCUAAUAUUUGACUUCUGUAAGCGAGUAACUGAUUCACAAAUACAGUAAGAUAUUCAGAAGUGUUUUGAUUCCCGACUCAUAUGAGUCGGUUCUUUUGAAUCAGACUACCCUGACCAUGCUGUUUGUUGUUGAAUCACUUAAAAGAACCGAUUCACAAGAGUCAUUCGUUCGGGAAUCGAAUACACUGAAUGAGAACCGUUUUACUUGUUAUGAACCCUUCACUGGCUUCUCUGUUGGUUAUUUUUACAGAACGAUAUUAAAAAAAAUGUAUGUUUUCAUCACAAAAUGAACUUUGAAAUAACUUAUAAAAAUAUAGUUAUAAAAAUAGUCUAAUGAAUAGUCUAGCCCCCAACACGUUAUUGCUAUUUAUAGUCAGUUGUGAUUUUAAUAUUAAGUAUUCUACACUGCCGUCAUUAUGGAAAUGUUAAGGGAAAUACGUAGGCUACGGCUGGCCAGAUUUAACUCCGGCUGUUUUGACGGGUUUGUUCUGCUGUUACAGUAACAGCAGUAGUAAAGGUGUAGCCGUCUCACUUUCUUAGUCCCUGACAGAGUCAGGCCCCGCCCUUUCAGCGAUUAUAUGCUACAUAUAUCCCGGAGCUCCAGGAACGGAGCGAGGCAAAACGGGAUAUUACUAUCGAAAGCGCGCACACAUACACGCACGGGUGUCAUUCCAUGCACCAUACACUCACUUCCCCUUCCUCAACGUCUAUCAAAACACAUUUCGCGGACGCUCUCUCCGUCACAUCCACGGGUUUAUGGCCGCUACGCUUCUUACGAUGAGCGCUGCGCUCGCACCGGGACAAGAUGACUUUCUCUCGCUUCUCAAACCCUCACUAUCCGAGGGCUUUCAGGAGGACUCCUCUCUGUUUCCAUUUGAAGCCAAGAAUCCCGAUACGGAAAGGGGCUUAUCAAACGACUAUUCUCAGGCCAAAUUAGAGAUGGAUAAAUAUCUGUCUCCACAACCUGUGGCUCUCCCCGACCUAAAGAAGUCAAGACGAGAGAGUAUCUCAGUAAUGGACCAGUUUUUCGGAGACGACCACGGUUCCCCCUACAGCAUCAACAUGAAUGUCUUCCUGCCCGACAUUGCGUAUCUAAGAACAGGCUUUUGCCGGCCAGCACGGCCUUCGGUUCCCAGCCAGGUCAAAACUGAACCUGUGGCGGCGCCUUUCUCUCAUCCAGAGUGUCCGGUGAGCACGACCGGGCCCGCUCCAUCCACGCUACCAGAUUUCACCAGCAUCUUUAACUCGAAUUCCACUUCAGGCUCUGGAGUGGACACCAUGGACGAUAACACCGGGGUCUUUGUCAAGCAGGAGAUGCAAGGCUUUGACAUCCCGCAGGAUGGGCCGCUCUUCCAGCUCCUCAACUCAGAACUGGACGUCCCCCAUCAAGCCGAUUCUCACUCCCACCCUCACGGUCACUCUGUGCCCUCACAGAUGCCUACUUUCCACGACCUGCACUUAGCGACCCAACAGACUGCUUCCAAGCCAUACUGUGGCAUGCCCUCCGCCGGGUACCCUCUCGGCCCGGGUCACUUUGUCCAUCCUCAGGGUCAGGCUCACUCGCAGCUCAAAAUGCCCUAUCUUCCCCCUUCGCCUCCCACUUCAGAACCUGGCAGUCCUGACAGACAGAAGGAACUGCUUCACAAUCUGACACCACCACCAUCUUACGCCGCCACUAUCGCCUCCAAAAUGGCUGUCCAUGCACCCAGUCACCCAACCCCCACCUCGACACGACCUUCCGUGACCAACGGGUCCAUGCCUGUCCGUUACAACCGAAGGACAAACCCAGACCUCGAGAAAAGACGGAUACAUCACUGUGAUUUUCCAGGUUGUAAGAAAGUUUACACCAAGUCGUCCCACCUGAAAGCUCACUUGAGGACACACACUGGUGAGAAGCCGUAUAGGUGCACGUGGGAGGGCUGCGACUGGCGGUUCGCACGUUCCGACGAGCUGACGCGUCACUUCAGGAAGCACACCGGAGCCAAACCCUUCCAGUGCGCCGUGUGCAGCCGCAGCUUCUCUCGCUCCGAUCAUCUCGCCCUGCAUAUGAAGAGGCACCAGAAUUAGACACAAAAACACACUAACUCAAACAGACACACAUACUUACUAUUAUGCACAUGAAGUGAUAAGAGAACAACUUAUUUCUUUCUCUACGCCGCGACGAACCUUAUAAUGUUUAGGGUAAUCUUCUCUCUCUGAUCUGUCGAGAGUGUUGAGCUGUCGACUAUAAACUUUUGAUAUUGCCAUGAAAGCCAAUUUCUUGUGGUACCUUCAGAUAUCAUAAAGCCCGGUCCUUUUUCCUUCCUCUUUAGGAUGUAUAGAUCAAAUUUCCGUUAAGAUCCUCAUGUCACAUGUGAUAUUCUUGUACAUGAGACUUGGCUCUCAUCCUCUAAGUGGAAUUUUUUAAGCGUAAUGAAAUGGAACUGAUCAUAACAGGAUUCAUUCUUGUAUCUGCAAAGCACUAAAACACAACUCCCAUUUAACUUUGCACUUGAAUUAGACUGGAAAAGAUGAAUAUCUAUGUAUGAUAAAUACUUUUAAUAUAUAUAUAUAUAUAUAUAUAUAUCACUGGAAUAGUUACUGCUCAUACUGGGGUUUCAAGUACACAGCCUAUACUGCGAUUCCCUCUUUUUAGUUGCUGAAGUAUUUAUAGCUUUGGAUGAUAAUGUGCUGCUACUGAACAGCAAUUAUUUCAUGAAUUAUUAAACAAUGGUAUAGAAAAGCAAUGAGAAGUGGAAAAGGGCUUUAGACAGCUGUGUGAUUUGUACAGUCCCCUUUAUACACACAGAAGCAUGCCGACCAUUUGUUUUCCUACUGUCAUUGAUGCAUAAGCUCAUAUGAAUGUACGAGACCACAGUGACUGUUCUUUUGAAAUAAUGCCUUUGGAUCACAUUUCAUCUUAAAGUGCCUUUUCGUGUUUGUUUUUAUCAGCAGCACAUGCUAGGACUUCUUGUUCACAAAGAGACAGAUAAUAAAAAUGGAUCAGAUUACCAUUAUUUCACUCUUACCGCGAUUCGCCUGCCUUUCAUAAGUUUAAGAGAGGGUUAAAAUAUCACCUGGUUCUUGUAAAAUCGAUGUAUUUAUUGCAUUGGCUUUGUGAAGUGGAAUUUGACAAGUUUUGUGUAAUUGAAAUGCCUUAAUGUAAAUAUAUGACAUUUUAUUGUAAAUAUUAUUUUGAAUUAUUUUUGUUGCUCUGUUUUCUUUUUCUUUUCUUUUCUUUUUUUUUUUUUUUUGAAAAAGGAGGGCAUCAUAUUGCUCUGGAUUUUGGCUGUGUGACUAUUUUUGUUUCUUUGAAUUUUUUACUUAAACUUGUUUUGUAGAUUAUAUUUCUAAAUUGGUUGCCUACUGAUUGAAAUGAAUUCUAAUAAAAUCAACUUCAUAAUUUUUAA